CUCCGAGUCCACAUGGCAACCAGCAUGAGCAGCAGUGAAGCUCCAGAUGAAGCCCCAGGUGAAGCGGGGGAACAGCAGAGGCAUGAAGAGCCGGGGGGAGACGGGUCCACAUCAAGAUGUGACAGUCCCUGGACCCCUUCAUCGUGCCCACGAGGACGGACCACAGCCCAAGCUAAGACUGAGCCUCCUCUGCUGAAGACCAUCUACACAGCAGGAAGACCGCCGUGGUAUAAUGUUACUGGGACCACCUUCAAAGAGGCCUUUAUUAUUGGUUUGUGUGGAGGAAGUGCUUCUGGGAAAACCACAGUUGCCAAUAAGAUUAUUGAGGCAUUGGACGUCCCCUGGGUAGUUCUGCUUUCCAUGGAGUCUUUCUACAAGGUGUUGAAUAAAGAGGAGCAGGAGCUGGCCACUAAACAUGAGUACAACUUUGAUCACCCUGAUGCGUUUGAUUUUGAUCUGCUGGUCACCGUCCUCAGAAAGCUCAAGAAAGGAAAAAGUAUCAAAGUGCCAGUAUACGACUUUGCCUCUCACAACAGGCGCAAAGAAUGGAAAACGGUAUAUGGAGCAAACGUAGUCAUCUUUGAGGGUAUCUUGGCCUUUGCAAACAAGGAGCUGCUAAAGCUCCUGGAUAUGAAAGUGUUUGUAGAUACAGAUUCGGACAUCCGCCUGAUUCGGAGGCUGAAGAGAGAUAUUUCGCUAUGUGGACGGGAUAUAAGUGGCAUUAUCAAACAGUACAAUAAUUUUGUGAAGCCAGCAUUCGAACAGUACAUUGAGACAACAAUGCAGCUCGCGGAUAUUGUGGUUCCCAGAGGUGGAGAGAACUUUGUAGCUUUGGAUUUGAUAGUUCAGCAUGUCCACAGUCAGCUAGAAAAGCGCGAGAUCAAUGUCAGAUCAGCUCUGGCUUCAGCUCACCAGGGUCAGCCUUUACCCAAAACCCUCAGUGUAAUGGAGAGCACACCUCAAGUCCGUGGCAUGCACACCAUCAUCAGGAACAAGGAGACUAACCGUGAUGAGUUUAUCUUCUACUCCAAGAGAUUAAUGAGGUUACUGAUAGAGCACGCCCUUUCCUUCCUACCUCUCAAGCCAGUAUCGGUGGAAACACCUCAGGGUGGCAUCUAUGAGGGAAAAAGGCUGUGUGGUAAAAGGAUCACAGGUGUUUCUAUCCUGAGAGCUGGGGAGACCAUGGAGCAAGCUCUGACUGCUGUCUGUAAAGACAUCAGACUUGGAAAGAUCCUCAUUCAGACCAACCACGGCACAGGAGAGCCAGAGCUUCAUUAUCUUCGUCUGCCUAAAGACAUCAGUGAAGACUAUGUGAUCCUGAUGGACAGCACCGUCUCUACGGGAGCUGCUGCUCUCAUGGCUGUCCGAGUUCUGUUGGACCAUGACGUUGCAGAGGAUAAGAUCUUCCUGUUGUCCUUGCUAACGGCGGAAAUGGGUGUCCAUUCAGUGGCAUACGCUUUCCCUAAAGUCCGCAUCAUCACCACCGCCGUGGACAAGGGGGUCAACGACCAGUUCCACAUCACCCCGGGCAUCGGUAACUUUGGAGAUCGUUACUUUGGCACCGACGCUCCCUCAGACUGGUGUGAAAGUGAUGAGGAGAUGGACUUCUGAGGAGAGCAGAACUGGAUGGUGCAGCAGAUGUUGGAGUGAUCUUUAGACUGAUCAGGGUCUAGUGGACAUUUAUGCUUCAUCGCCUCCAGUCGGAUCCAAAUGUUUACAGCAACAUUUAAAAAGUUCAACGUUGUCUGCCGUGCAGAGCGUCUGUUGGCUGUCAAGCUUUUCCGCUUCGUCAGGCUGGACUUGCUCCCAAACUACACGUCCACAAGGAGUUCUCAUGUUUCUUCAGCUUCCACAAAAAGGAAUUUGUAUGAAAUGUAUAAAACUCUCAGAUGCCUUAAAAUGUUCCAGUUGCUUUCAGGAUUUUGCGCCAUUUGUCUUUUUCGGUCAGAUAUCAUAAACAAAUGGACAGAUUUAGGUGUAGUAGGAGAUGAAGUUGGUAAAGAAAGCGAUGCUCAGUUUUGAUCAUUAGAUCCUAAUUUAUGAUAUUCUUAUCAUUGUUUUGUGCAAAGAUGCUACAUGAACAUGAAUUGACACUUUGAUGUUUUUACCAAUCACACAUACAUUUUUUAUACAUGUAUUAUUUGUGUGGAAGUUUAUUUUGUCAGACUGUGUCUGACUGGAUUAUUGGAUGCAUAGCGAAGGGAAAGAAGUCACUCCCUUACCGAACUCUGGGGCUUGUGACGAAGUAAGAUUAUUCCCAAAAUGUUCGGCCAUCUUUUUUUUUGUAGUUGUUGGAACAGUGAUCUGCAUAUUCAUUACAUCCCACAUUUAUUGAACUCGUAUGAAAAGGAAAUAUCUGAAUUUGUCUACAGACACAUUUAGAUCAUCUUAACAACAUGCCUUGUUAAACAAACAGCUUUACAGGUUACCAAGUAUUUUAUUUGUGGCUCCUGCUACACUGCUGGGUGUACAGUACCCUGAUUCUCGACUCCACUACGGCAAGAGCCUCAUCACCCACAAACCCCUGCAUGACCGGGACCCUCCCUGCCUCUCAAACCUUCUCCAGCACCACCGUCCCAUCCGCCGCCUCCACUCUUCAGACUCCAACCUCCUGACUCGCAUUAUAAAAUGCAAGCACUGGACGUUGGGAGGGCCGAGCUUCAUCCAUCGCUGCCCCCACGCCCUGGAACUCACUCCCCACUCAUCUCAAACUCACUCUUUAAUAACCUUCAAAACUCAUCUGUUUUGUCUUGUUUAGAGCUUAUAACAAUGGUCCCCACUCCUGUUUGUGUUGUUUGUCUCAUCUCUUGUCUUGUUAAGCUUCUUUGAGUAUUUUUUUUUAGAGGUGCCAUAUAAAACUUAUGCAUUAUCAGCAUUAUUAUUAUUACAGAGAGUCACAUAUUGAAGGCAAAACGCUACAAAUAAGUUAAAAGAAAUCUCAGCUGCUGUUACUUCUGUGGAAGCUGCUCAGCUCACAUGGAGCAACUCACACAAAUGGAUGGUGGCGAUACAGAUAUAUGGGGAGGAAAAAAAAAUCAUCUUCCUCAACACUGAAAUUAUGGUUAUCCAUCAACUUGUGAGGCAUGUUACAUUUAUCAAACCCAUAAAAAUAUUGGCAUUUCCAUUGUAUCUUGUGGACUAAAGAGAAUGUUUGGCAAAUAAAAAUGAAAAGUGAUUCAGA